CAGUUUCUCGGAAGAUACCUUCUUCCCAGCAAACAUAACCAAACACAAGAUACUAGAUAGACACCGCGACCCUUCCUCAAUACGUGCCCAUCUUCACUUCUUCUUCCUUCGCUGUCUCUCAGCCCCUCAACCUCCCAACAGCACCACCAUAUAAAACUCUCUCUCACUCUCUGUACCCAUCGCUCUGUUUCUCUAAUGUCUGCUUCUUCUGGUAGCUUAGAGACCACUGUAAACUCACAUCCACCGCGGCCAUCACCAUCGCCACCACAAACUUCGAGCUUUUCUUUCUCCAAUUCAUUCAUGAACACCUCCUUCUCAGACCUCCUCGCCUCCGAUGUCUACCCAACCACCACCACUACCAGAACCAUCGUGGGUAGCCGCGGACUGUCUGAUCGUAUUGCUGAGAGAACGGGCUCAGGGGUGCCCAAAUUCAAGUCGAUUCCCCCUCCUUCACUACCCAUCUCUCCACCUGCUAUCUCUCCUUCAUCAUACUUUGCUAUCCCUCCUGGGUUAAGCCCAGCUGAGCUUUUGGAUUCUCCUGUCCUUCUCUCCUCUUCGAACAUCUUACCUUCUCCUACUACCGGGACUUUUCCAGUUCAUUCGUUCAAUUGGAAAAGUAAUACUAACAACCACCAACUGGGUGUCAAGCAGGAGCAGAAAAACUACUCAGAUUUCUCAUUCCAACCCCAAACAAGGCCCCCAAAAUCAUCCACAUCGAUGUUUGAUUCACAAACCAAUGGAAUUCCAAAGGAGCAACAAGUUUGGGGUUAUCAAGAACCCACCAAGCAAGAUGGCAUAUCAUCCGUGAAGACUAUGGUGAAACCGGAGUUGUCGUCAAUACAGAGCUUCUCCUCUGAGAUUUCCGCUAUUCAAACAAAUACUCAGAGCAAUGGCGGAUUACAAUCAGACUAUGCUAAUCACAACCAAUCAUCCCAGUCGAUGAGUGAGCGAAGAAGAUCAGAAGAUGGGUAUAAUUGGAGGAAAUAUGGGCAGAAACAGGUGAAAGGGAGCGAAAAUCCUCGAAGUUAUUAUAAGUGUACAUACGCCAAUUGCCCAACUAAGAAGAAAGUAGAGAAGUCUUUAGAUGGUCAGAUUACUGAGAUUGUGUAUAAGGGUAGUCAUAAUCAUCCCAAGCCUCAGAACACCAGGAGAUCAUCAGCAUCAUUGGCUUCUUCUCAGGCAAUUCAAGCUUUUAAUCCUUCAACGAACGACAUCCCAGAUCAGUCAUAUGCCUCACAAGGUGCUGGACAAAUGGAUUCAGUUGCAACACCAGAGAAUUCUUCUAUAUCCAUUGUUGGGGAUGAUGAUUUCGAACAGAGUUCCCAGAAUUGUAAAUCAGGGGGAGAUGAGUUUGAUGAAGAUGAACCUGAUGCCAAAAGAUGGAAAAGUGUAAAUGAAACAGAAGGUAUAUCAGCACCAGGAAGUAGGACAGUGAGAGAACCUAGGGUGGUAGUUCAAACUACAAGUGACAUUGAUAUCCUUGAUGAUGGAUAUAGAUGGAGAAAGUAUGGUCAGAAGGUGGUGAAGGGUAAUCCUAAUCCAAGGAGCUACUAUAAGUGCACGAGUCCAGGAUGUCCAGUGAGAAAACAUGUUGAGCGAGCAUCUCAGGACCUAAGGUCAGUGAUCACCACCUACGAAGGGAAGCACAACCAUGAUGUUCCGGCUGCUCGUGGUAGCGGUAGCAGUAGCCAUUCUCUCAACCGGCCUUUGCCUAACAAUCCUAACAACAAUGGAGCCAUGGCAAUUAGGCCUUCGGCAAUCCCUCAUCAUCCUAACAACAACAUGACCAAUCCGAUUCGAAGUUUACGGGCAUCACCACCGUUUGAAGGUCAAGAACCAUUCACAUUGGAGAUGUUGCAGAGUCCUGGGAGUUUUGGGCGUGCUGCGGAAUUCGGAAAUUCCAUGGGGUCUUACAUGAAUCAAUCACAACUCAGUGAUGAUAUGUUCUCUAGAGCCAAGGACGAACCUAGAGACGACAUGUUCUUCGAGUCAUUGCUAUGCUGAUUCGCUUCAUUUUGCAAGUUUGGGCUUUUUAGACAAAUUUUUUAAAGGUUUUUUAAAAUACCAUGAGGUCAGAUUCAUUUGUUUUUGUCAUAUGUUUCAUUUGUUUUUGUCAUAUGUUUUGUUGUUCUUUCAUGUAUAUUCCUACAGUAAUUUGGUUUUGUAUAUUAAAAAAAAAAUGGUAAAGUUAUUGAGCUUGAUUU